GGCUGGUAACCUUUCACCCCCGGAGGGAGUAUCAGCUGCUUUACUGGAGAUUUUAAGCUGUCAAAACUGGAGCAAGUGCUCUAGAGUCCUGUACUACUAUGGAGUGGGUGAGGGGUGGGACACAUCCCCAGUGUAGCGCAUUGUGAGACACUGCUGCUGCCUGCCCUGGGACCCCGUAAAGCUCAGCUCCCCCUUUCCCAGCCUGAGCCCAGAAACUUCCUGCAUGGCCUCCAGCUACCCCCCUCCCUUUGAUACCCCAGGGGAGGUGAAGGAGGGCUUCCUGUGUCCACUGUGCCUGAAGGAUUUGCAGUCCUUCUACCAGCUCCAGGAUCACUAUGAGGAGGAGCAUGCGGGCGAGGACCGCCACGUCAGGGGCCAGCUGAAGAGCCUGGUGCAGAAGGCCAAGAAAGCCAAGGACAAGUUGCUGAAGCGGGAUGGGGAAGACCGCGUAGAGUCCGGGAGCUAUGAGUCCUUCUACUGUGGGGGAGUGGACCCCUACAUGUGGGAGCCCCAGGAACUGGGGGCAACUAGAAGUCACCUUGAAAGCUUCAAGAAACAUCGGGCAGCAAGAAUUGACCACUAUGUCAUUGAAGUCAAUAAGUUAAUCAUCAGAUUGGAAAAGCUUACAUCAUUUGACAGAACCACCACAGAUGCUGCCAAAAUUAGAGCAAUUGAGAAGUCCCUUGUUUCGUGGGUGAGCGACUCUGACGUGCCAUUCUGCCCAGACUGCGGGAACAAAUUUAACAUUCGUAACCGACGGCACCACUGCCGUCUCUGUGGGUCCAUCAUGUGCAGGAAAUGCAUGGAGUUUGUGCCUCUCCCAUUGGCACAUAAGCUGACGUGUGGCACCAGGGAGGCGCUGUGUGCUCCAGGCAGCCCGGGCCAGGCGCAGUCCCAGUCCACGUCAGCAGGGGGCAGUGCUCCAGGUUCACGCCGUGGCAGCAUCAGCAGCCUGAGCAGCGUCACCUCCAUGCUGGAGGAGAAGGACGAUGACCGCGUCCGCUGCUGCCGCCACUGCAUGGACACCCUGCUGAGGAGGCAGCAGAAACUGGAUGAAAAAGACCACGUGCCUGACAUCGUCAAGCUCUAUGAGAGGCUGAGGCUCUGCAUGGAUAAGGUGGAUGAGAAGGCCCCAGAGUACAUAAAAAUGGCUGAGUCUUUGAAUUCCGGGGAGACUACCUACAAUCUAGAACACACUAAUGGCCUUCGAAUGGAAGUGCAGAAAUAUUAUGAACUGAUUGACGCACUAAGUAAGAAGAUUCUCACUCUGGGCAUGAAAGAGGAUCCCCCGCCACACCCAAAAUCACUACAACUGCAGAGAAUGGUCAGAUAUUCAGCCACCCUAUUUGUACAGGAAAAGCUGCUCGGGCUGAUGUCUCUGCCUACAAAGGAGAAAUAUGAAGAGCUGAAGGAGAAGAGGAAACAAGAACAGGAGAAGAGGCUACAGCAGGAGAGACAGGCUGCACUGGAAGCACAGAAGAGAAGGUCAGAGAUGGAGAAGUCCCGCUCUAUGGCCAGUACAAACGGAGAGGCCGUCCAGCCACCAAAGCCGGUGAUGACCAAAGCUGGCGGCUGGCUGCCGUCCUCCAGCGUGCUGCACACCAGGGAGUUCCAGGACCCUCUCCUGCAGCAGAUCGAUAACAUCCAGUCCUUCAUCCAGCAGGCCCGCGCCGCCCAGCGCACUGACGAGGUGGCCAUGCUGGAGGAGAACCUGCGGCAGCUGCAGGACGAGUACGACCAGCAGCAGACCUCGCUGGCCAUCCAGCUGUCCAAGAAGACGGCACAGGAGGAGAGCCUACAACAGGAGCAGCUCCACUUCCUGCAGGAGAGGGAGGAAAAGCAGAGGGCCUCCAUGCACACCCGCACGUGUUCCCUGGACUUCCGGGAGGCGCAGUCUGUCCAGGGCGGGGAAGAGUUUGGAGGCCAGCAGAUUGGAAGUCUGGACAGCGCCAAGACAAAGGUCAGCCCUCUCUCAAAAACCCAGUCCAUGAAAGCGUUUGACUACUUGCCAAGCCGGGAAGAAUCACCCCCUCCACCGACGCCGCAGGAUGAACCACAGCCCCAUGUUUCAAAAGAACAAAACGACACCCCAGGUCCCUCCUUAAAUCCCUUUGAAGAAGAGAACUCCACCCCAGUUGAGGAUGAUCCACUUAACCCAUUUGCAGAAGAGAUCCUGAAAGAACACACUCAAAAGGAGGUCUCCAAUGGAAAGCAGUAUAACCCCUUUGGAGAUGAGGAUGGGGAAGAGUGCACAACGGGCCAAGGAGGAGUCACAGAGCCUGGGAACCCCUUUGAGGAUGAGGAGGAUGACGGAAACCCUUUCAGCGAGGGCUCAAAUUCCACGGUGCAAGCCAUCAACCCAGGGGUCUCUACCAACCCCUUUGAGGAGGACAGCGAACCCGACAUCAUAGAAGAGGAGCUGCUGCUUCAGCAGAUCGAUAACAUUCGGGCAUACAUAUUUGAUGCCAAGCUGAAUGGCCGCACAGACGAGGUGGAGCUGCUGUCUGAGAACCUGCGGGAUUUGCAGCGCACCCUGCAGGAGCAGAGGAGUAAGACGCAAUGAUUGUUGUCUAAUAGGGCAGAUGCUUUUGGCUAUGUCUUUGUCGAUUCCUGUGUUGGAAUUCACAGAACACAUCGUAGUUGUCAAUUUGAGCAAGUUUUCGUCUCUCGGGUUUAGUUUGCUCACAGAGAAGCACAAUGUCAGAAUGAAAUAAACAUCUCAUUCUAGUCACAGGAGGAAAUGAAGCUUGUAAGUCCUCUGAAGUGUUGAAGAUUGGUUGUGAGCUAUCUGAGCUUCAGUGUCUUGCCCUAAUUUAUUUCUGUAAAUAAGAGUCCCUGAGUCAUCUGAUGGGCGGUGAGCCGAUGACAGAACAAAUAUAGUAUUUUUCAGCAUUUUUUUUCUCCAUCACAAAAGCAAGUUAUAACAGCCUCUCAGAAAAGAAACAAGAAUUGUAAGACUGAAUUGUUAAAGUCACUUGAAUAGAAAUCCCAUCUCAUAACCUGCCUUUUUUCAUCAUUUACAUCAUGCAAAUGACUAUAGAAAACUAAACAAGAAACAUGCAGUGCUUUACUGUGAAGUGUUUUUUUACCCUUUGGCAUUUCAUAGCUGUCUCCCACUAGCACUGACUGUUUGAAUUCACUGUCAAAUAACUGAUUUCUUGUGACAUCCAACUAACAUCAUGAGAUGAUGCACUUCCGUUUGAUAUCUUCAACAAUGUUUUGCUUGCAUGUGUGAGUGUGGACAGCUGCUAUGUUCUCAACAGUUAACAUGUUUUUUGUGUCAUUGCACACUCUGAUUUUACAGUUCUAUGUGGUGCAAAGCCACUCAGUGUGGCCAACAUUAAUUGAACCUCUCUGUGUGGUGCAAAUCUGACUCAUUCCAGGUUUUCUACCAUUUUAAAUGUGUAGGUGGGAUGGGGAUCAUCUACAAUUUUGGAAAUGUACUAAUCAGCCUUGGAAACAAUACAUUUUAAUGUACUAGACUGCACAACCAAAAUAGUGUCUAGGUAUUCCAUAUACCCAUUUAAAAUGCUACCAUUUGGCUUAGACGGUGCAUUCUGGAAAGUCCAAGUAGAGAUUUUCAACUGAUGAGCCAUUUAACAUAAGCACUCUUACGGACCGCAUCUAGACACCCAAAACAUUUAAAAUAUGCUUGCUCAUCUUUCCCUAUGAACAUUGAGUUAACUGGUGAAUAUCCUGUUUACAAUACUGUUUCCCUUAUAAGCUGUUUCAGGGCAAUAGAAGGGCUAAGGACGUUGUGAUUCCAAACAAUAGUAAUGAAAGCCGAAAUAUUGCUCAGUUCUAUACAGUGCUCCCAUGUUAUACAACCAUUUAAAAACCAAGUCUUCAGAAAAAUAAGCUGCACAAAGUAAAAUCCAACUGCAGUGCAUUAUAUCUAAAGAAAAACUUCAAUACGUAUGCCAACAAUUCCCCCCUUACAAAGACAUGUGGAUUUACAAGUAGAUUGAACAGUGUUUCCUAAUAUUUGGGCAGAUACUUGUAACAGCAUAAAAAUGGGAUGGGAGGAUGUCUGUUGGGACAUUGCUGGUGGGAUUAUAUUUCAUGGGAGCACUGUAUGUGUGUGUACGUACAUACACACAUAUGUAGGACUGCAUUUCUGGGGGCUAUAACCCUCUACUAACUCAUGGGAGCAGCUGACACAUGAAACACUAUGAUACUUUCAACUGCCUUUCAGACCAGUUGGAUUAAGUAAUGGAGCCAUUACAUGUACAUACACUGAUCUACUGAAGUGUUGACAUGCUUAAAAAAGCACACCGUAUUUGUACACUUCAAACUAUAUUUUAAGGAGGUUGCAGAACAUUAUACGUUUUGAGAACCCUUCAUGUAGGAGAUGGAAAAUAACAAAAUCACUUAUCAGUUACAACUGCUUGUUCCUUUUCCUGUUCCUUAAACAAAAUAUAAAUAUACCUGGAGACACUGGAUGUGGAAGCCUUUCUUUCUCUAUCGUGCACUACUGCUUCAUAUUUCUGAAAAUGACAUUUUAUACCUGCAGCCAAAAAUGCAACCGUUUCUAUGACAACGGUGCUCAAGAGGGCAUGAUGGAGUAUGACAAAUGAAAAUGCAUUUAUCUCAUUAUUAUUGUAUGCAUGAGGUGUCUGGCCUGAGAUUGGAUCAUGUUAACAAUGGCUUUGUCUGUUUUUUGUUGAUUUGUUAAGAUUCAGUAGAACCAAUAGCUGUUUUACCUAAUCUCUUUGUUUUAACAUAGGGAAAUGUAAUGUUGAACACAAUGUAUGAUGUAUAACAUUGGCAAGACCCAGUGUCUCCUUUGAAAGUGCUUUUCUGUCUUAACAGUGCUUACUUUGGUUUUCUGACUAACAUAAUUUUGAUUUUUUCCACUGAAUGGUAUUUCACCUGUCUCUCCUGAUGUUCCACAUAAACACUACAGCAUUGUGACUGAGAACAGUACAUUUUGUUAUAAAAAAAGGUAAAAAUAAAGUAGAAUAAUGCAUUUGUGAUAAAGGUAAAUCAUUUGAAAAGCAGCCAAUUAUACAGUUGCUUGUACUCCAUCAGCAUCAUCAGGGUCAGUCAUUCUGCACUAAUAAAACCGACUUGUGCUCAACAUCUAAAA